GUGAAAUUAGUCAGAAAUACUUUAAAUAUUUAUAGGUAGCCUAAUUUUAAGAUAUUUAUUUAUAGGUUCUCUAGAACAAACGAGAAAACUCUCUACCGGGAAAAAAUAUAAAAGCAUGUGAGUCUAAGUUACGAUCAAGCAAAGUAUUGAAUUAAAGUGAUAUAAAAGUUCAAUUAAAAUGGAAAGUGAAAUUCAAGCUGAAGCCUUUAAAGAAGAAGGAAAUACUGCCUUUAAAAACGGUAAUUGGGACGAAGCAGUAAACCUUUACUCAAAGGCUAUCAGCCUAUCAAAAGAAGAUACUCGAAUUAUAUCUGUUUAUUAUAAAAAUCGGGCUGCUGCAUAUCUGAAACAAGAAAACUAUGAAGCAGCACUACAAGACUGCAAUGCGUGUUUACAAAUUGUUCCAACCGAUCCUAAAGCGCUCUUUAGAAGAUGUCAAGCUCUGGAAGCCCAAAAAAGGUAUGAAGAAGCAUAUAAGGAUGCCACACAAAUAUUCAAAGAUGAUCCCACAAAUAAACCCAUUCAGCCCAUUUUGGAGAGGUUGUAUAAAAUAGUGCAAGAGAGAGCAAAACAGAAUGAAAAAACUAGUACUAAAUUGGAAAGUAUGACAAAAAUUGCCUUUGAUUUGAAAGAAACUACAGAAAAACGGGAGACUGCAAUGAAUAAUCUUUUAGUAUUAGCAAGGCAGCAUGCUGGAGCUGAAUUGAUGGUUAAGUCUCCAAUUCUUCAGGAGAUUAAAAAACUGUUAAAAGUUGAAAAGAACAAAGUUAUUUUUACUUCAGCUGUUAGAAUAAUAGGAGAACUAUGUAAGCACAGUGAGACUCGCACUAAGAAAGUUAUAGAAACUAUGGGAGUUCCUUGGUUUCUUGAGAUACUUGAUUCUGAAGAUGUAAAACAAGUGUCCGCUGCAGAGCACUGUAUGCAGUCUAUUAUAAAUGCAUUCUCUGGCAUGGAAAAUCGACCAGAUACUAAACCUAAACAGGAGUUAAUAGAAAGUAACAAGAAACAAAUAGAUACAUUACUCACUUGCUUAGUCUAUUCUAUUAAUAACAGAGUGAUUUCAGGACUAGCUAGGGAUGCAUUGAUAGAACUCAUAAUGAGGAAUAUUCACUAUGAUCAGCUCUGUUGGGCCAAAGAGCUAGUAGAUAUAGGAGGUGUAGAAAGGUUAAUGGAAUGUGCUAGUGAAUUGGAAGAGUACAAGUAUGAGAGUGCUAUGAACAUCACACCUUCUACAAGAACAAUAGCUGCAGUUUGUUUAGCUAGGGUCUAUGAAAAUAUGUAUUAUGAUACACUAAGGGAAAAAUUUAUGGGAAAAAUCGAGAAUUUCAUUAAAGAAAAAUUGUUAACACCUGAUGUUGAGUCCAAAGUGAGAGUGACUGUGGCAUUAACAUCUCUAUUAAGGGGCCCUCUAGAAGUGGGGAAUGCUCUUAUAGGCAAAGAAGGCAUCAUGGAAAUGAUCCUGGUAAUGGCUAACACAGAAGAUGAACUCCAACAAAAAGUUGCCUGUGAGUGUAUUAUUGCAGCAGCUAGUAAAGCAGAUAAAGCCAAAACCAUUAUCAAUCAAGGCAUCAAUAUUUUGAAACACCUUUAUAAAUCAAAGAAUGACCACAUCAGAAUUAGAGCUUUGGUGGGACUGUGCAAGUUGGGGAGUUCUGGCGGUACUGACGCUUCCCUAAAGCCUUUUGCAGAAGGGUCUUCUUUAAAAUUAGCAGAAGCUUGUAGACGGUUCUUGCUUCAUCCAGGUAAAGACACAGAUAUCCGAAAGUGGGCAGCCGAAGGUCUCUCUUAUUUAACAUUAGACGCUGAAGUAAAAGAAAAGCUAAUAGAGGACUCCGCGGCACUUCAAGCUCUAGUAGAAUUAGCGAAAACUGAAGAUCAGUCGGUUCUUUUCGGCGUAAUAACAACUUUGGUGAACCUUUGUAACGCCUACGAAAAACAAGAAGUUAUCCCAGAAAUGUUGGAGUUGGCAAAAUUCGCAAAGCAGCAUAUUCCCGAAGAGCACGAACUAGAUGAUCCCGAUUUUGUGACAAAACGAAUUUUGGUAUUGGGAAGAAGUAAUGUGACAACUGCUUUGGUUGCUUUAUCGAAGACAGAGAGUAACAAUUCCAAAGAAUUGAUAGCAAGGGUGUUUAAUGCAUUGUGCAGCGAACAUGAGUUAAGAGGUGUCGUUGUUGCUCAAGGUGGUAGUAAGGCAUUGUUACCUUUGGCUUUAAAUGGUACAGAUAAAGGAAAGAGGCAAGCAGCUCAAGCCUUAGCAAGGAUCGGUAUUACCAUGAAUCCAGAAAUAGCUUUUCCGGGCCAGAGAUCCUUAGAAGUAAUCCGACCUCUCCUAAAUUCGCUACACCAAGACUGUUCAGGUUUAGAAAAUUUCGAAGCACUUAUGGCCUUAUGCAACAUCGCUCAAUUAAGCGAAACGGCUAGGAUGAGGAUUAUAAAGGAAGGGGGAUUCUCCAAGAUCGAGCACUAUAUGUUUGAGGAUCAUGAAUACAUAUGUAGAGCUGCCGUGCAGUGUAUGUGCAAUAUGACUCAGUCCGAAGAGGUAGUUAAGAUGUUCGAGGGAGAAAAUGAUAGGAUGAAGUUAACUGUAUCUCUUUGCCUCGAUGAAGACAAAGACACGUCUAUGGCAGCUGCAGGUAUGCUUGCUAUCCUCACAGGAGUCAGCAAAAAGUGCUGCGAGAAAAUCUUCGACUCAAAAAAUUGGUUGGAGACAUUACACUGUCUUUUAGCAAACCCAGUACUUAGUAUGCAGUACAGAGGAGUCUGCGUAGCUUACAACAUACUUUCAGCAUCCAAAACAGUUGCCGAGAAGUUGGUUGAGACAGAUGUUUUAGAAAUUUUAAUGGCUUUAUCGAAGUUGCCACCGUAUGAUGGAAGAGAGAAGAUUGUGGAGAUUGCAGCACAAGCGUUACAGGAAGCCGAGAAAUGGGGAGUUAUCAAGAAACCUGGAGAGGAGGAUGAUGAUGAGGAAUAGAUGGUUGACAGGGAAAUACGUGCCAAAUUAAAGGAAGCUGUGCUAUAUCUGCAUGAGGUGUGUGGAAUCCGAAUUGUUUGACCUACAUUUUAUACUAGGUUACUCUGAGUCUGAACCUUCCAUAUAAUAUUUAUACCUUACGCCAAUCAUAGUAAAUUAUUAUUAUGAAAAAAAUUAUCAUAAAUUUAGUUUGAGACAGACUUAGUUUUUAAGUGUUAAUUUAUUUUAUACGUGGUCCUUAUUCCGAUGGAAUAGUCACUUACAUGCCAUUUUUACAUGCCUUCAAAUAUGUGUUUUUGGAUUAUUUUUCAUCAGUCUGAAGUGUCGAGUUUCAUUUGGCAGCAUGUUUCUUUAAGCUUUUAUUACUCUUUUUGUUUCAUUUUUUUUAUUUUUAAUCAUUUCAUUACUAAAACAUGCAACAUCAUCAUUAUUAUUUUUCCAUGUAAUUUACCAUUUAUUAUUUCCAUUUACCGUUUAUUAUAUUUAUUUCCAUUUUAUAAACUUUUUCUUUGCCACAGUUUUUUCUGUUUUCCCAUGCGUGGUACUCGAUUGUCAUUAAAAUGUUGUUAAAAUGAACCAAUACAAUUAUAACAUACUUAAUAUAAUUUUUUCGACCGUAUGUAUUAUCAUAAUAUCUGAAUCAGUUAUUCCUUCGUGUCUUAUACCUGGAAUUCUCAGGUAGAGUUUUCUAACCGGUAACACCUGUGGAGGCCGACCGAGAAAAAGAUGGAAGGAUGAUGUUGAAGCCGAUUUAUCUAGAAUUGCGGUACAACAAUGGGAAAUAGAAGCGCAAGAUCGUAGAGGAUGGAGGGCGAUAUUGGAUGCGGAGAAGACUCACCCCGAGUUGUAAAGCCAGUGAAGAAGAACACCUCUGUAAUUUUUUUCGUGUUGCCUAGUUUAAUUGCUUUGACCUCGUCUACUAGGUUAGGUUCUCUCUCCAUAAAUUAUGUUCACUUCGUUGAUAUUUCUUAUAUGCCACACAUCCUGCUCAUUGUCUGCUCCUAAUUGCUGAUGUGGGCACUCGUAUUUUGUUGUUCAACAUAUCGGAGACUAGUACUUGAAACUUACCAACAAUUUAACUGAAUUUCCAUUAUCGUUUUUUUGUUUUCUCUUUUAUGGCUUGAAUCAGUGGUCAUAUAUCCGGUCAUGUAAUUUCUUACGGAUAAUUUUUAGCGUGUCCGUUAUGUUACUAAGCAAUGGGAGAAUAUAAAUGAAAAAAAUAUAAGAUUGUCGCAAACAAAACAUAUUAUCAAAUCUAUUUGUAGUCCGGCAGUAGGGUACCUUCCUGAAAGGUCUUUACAGGGUACCCACCCAUGGAAGGGUAGAUAGUUGGAAACUAUUCUAUCUUAUGUAAUUUUUUUCGCUGAAUACGAAUAGGUAAGUCCCCCAUCCCAGAAAGUGGUUUUAUAAACAAAAAUUUUUUUAAACAGUUUUUUAUAAAUAAAUGUUUAAAUCUCAAUAUUUUAAUUUACAACUAGUGUCAUCGUAAAGUAUAG